UUUACAGUGCCAACACCCAAUGACACAGUUCUUGCAGCUCCCACAGGAGAAAAGAUUUGGUACUUGUUCUUGACUUGAAUCCAAAGAAUUCCAAUCUUUCCUCCUCUUCUUGUCUUUUCCCAAUCCUUGACACGAUGUGAAUCGGUUCGCAUGAUGUGUUAUAAGACACUGCGGCGGGUCUCGAUCGAGGGGAACGGAGGGAGACAGCCGGAGAUCUGUAGGCACUGAUACGUUCAAGCUAGACAGGAGAAAGGAGCUGAAAGGACUCAAGGAGUUUUAAUCGCUCUAUUAUCCUACAUCUCUGAGUCAUGAGCUUACUCCCAAAUUCUCAGAACAUAGUGAGAAACAGCUGAACAUGUUGAAGUUAGAUGCUGUAACUACAGAGAAAGGGGAAAAUGAUCUUGCAGAAUUAGUAGACAGAAAACCAUAUCAAGAUAUAGAAUUGUCUCUUCCCAAUCAUAUCAGCAAGGAUGCUUCAGUGAUUCAAAAUCAAAAUGAGAAUAAACCUAUGCCAUCUGCAUCAGAUGAUCUUCGUGCUGAAAUCCAGAAUAUUGAGCUAUAUGCAGAUAAGGCCGCUACUGGUGUCUGUCAAACUGUGAAAGACAUAUGCAUGGAUGAAAGUUUACCACAUAAAAAGAUUCUGUUAGAAAGCAGUGACACCACCAAGGAGAGUUUAGCUGGCAUCAAACCAUCAGCAACAAAUACAGAUGAUAAUCCAAGUGGACGACUUACAGAAUGUGUGACUCUAAUUAUGCAGGAUCUACACAUAGCUUCUGUUGUUGCUAAGGAUGCUGCGGAUCAAUAUUCACUUUGUAGCUUAGUUGAACUUGAAGACAAGCAGAAGGCAGAUGUGCAUAUUACAAAACAUUUAUCUGACCAUAAUAUCAGUUUUCAGCCAUUGCUUUCUACUGGAGAUUUUGACAUGGUUCCUCGUCAAUUGGAUACAAACAAAUUCAAUCGACUGCAUAUUUUCCAGAAAAAUACUGGACAGGUUAAACAUGAUGAAGUAUGCUCAACAACUCUGGCUUCAUCAAGCAUCACCACUGAUUCUAAGGAAACCAGUGGGUUGGUGAAAAAUUAUACCAGUGUUACGUCACUGGGUAGUCUGAAAGGUGGCUGCUCCACUGCUGAAGUUGAGCCAUCAGAUGUGGGAGGUGAGAAGGAAGGAGGAAAUGUUUCUCCUUCCUUCAAUCCUGGAGCAAUGACAAACAAAGAAAUAGAGGAGAACAGUGGUAAUACUGAUAGUGAAUCUUUCAUAGAUGCCCAAAAUUGUUUUUCAGGUGAAGAGAUGGUUUUUGAUGGUGUCACAUCUUCUUCACGAUGUUCGUGUUGUCACAAGAACGCAGGAGACCCAAGUUCCUCUGGUCCAAAAUCAUCCUCAGGGCACAUUGUAUUUUCUGGUAAUAUUUCUCUUCGAUCGGAUAGCACCACCAGCACUCGCUCCUUUGCCUUUCCGAUAUUACAACCGGAUUGGAAUUCCAGCCCAGUGAAAAUGGCUAAAGCAGACAGCAGGCAUUUGAAAAAGCACCGGUUUUGGAGGUCAGGAAUUUUAUGUUGUAAAUUCUGAAGAUAAUAUGCCUGACCCUCUCUUCUUUUUAUUACGUGCCUCGCAAAAGUUUACAUUUCCGUUGUCAUAAAAAUCAGCCAUGGGUUUCUUUUUGGCCCCCGCGAUCCUGCUGCUUGUUUUUAUACACUCGAGGCAGGUUAGGAGGAAGAAUGUUGCGCUUUGGAUUGUGGUUUGAAUUGUGUAACGUAACCAAAAUAUUCUUGUCUCUGUCAAAGAAAGCAAGUAAUGGUUCUCUUUAUAUAUAUAUAUAUAUAUAUAUAUAUAUAUAUAUAUAUAUAUAUAUAUAUAUAUAUAUAUAUAUCUGCAAAGAAUUAAGCGUGGAGGAUCAGAGUAAUGGUUCUCUUUCGUUUUGUUCCUUGUUGCA